AAUUCUAUUUUUGCUUUUUAUAAUCUGAAAAUAAAUAAAAUUCAGAAAUGGCAUAAAAUAAUUAUUCUUUCCCCGCGCCAACAAUUCUUUGCUCCGAUUCUUUCCAGUUGGCGCUAAUAUAUCCCUAAACCCUAAUUCUUCAGUCGAUUGAUUAUGGCGAACAAGGACGUCACCAGGAAAGACCUAUUGGAGCGAUGGGGUCUCAUUGAACAAGAAGACGAUGACGAUGAUGCCAUUUCUUCCAUUCACCCCGUUAAACGCCGUCGUUUCCGACAGCUCAAAGAACAAUGGUUUUCAGAUGCAUUCAACUUCUUGACAUAUUUGCCAAAAGAAAGCCACGUCUGGUGUGGUUAUUGGGAUCUGAUGGGGCCUCUUCUGGAGACAUUCUACAAUUAUUUCAAGGACCAAUGCCACGAUUCUCCUCUCAAGAUUUUAUGGAAGAGGAUCUCUCAAGAGAUGAGAAGUUGCACUCUAUGCGUUCAUCAGCACCAUCAAGCCCAAGAGAUGUACAAUACGGAAUAUGAGCUCAGCUGUAUCAGUCCUCUACUUGAUGUGCUGCAUAUGCUUGAUGAAGAACGGAUAACUCUACACCUCAAGGAUCUAAAUGCUAGAAUAGGACGAGGGCAGUAUGAUGCAACACAUGAUUAUGGAGAAGUUGUUAGUGUUAUGUUUGAGGUUUUGAUGUUUCCCAUCUUGUUGGAUGACCAAUCCUUGGCGACAGAGUUUCAACAUUUUAUUGAAGCAAUUGAUAAUUCUCAUGAACUGACAUUAGAGGGACAUCAACAAUAUCCGGGAGUCUAUGCAUUGCUUUUUUUGAAAAGCAGAAGAGUACGAUCUAUAGGUCAUCGUUUGGCUGGACAUAUGGGUAAAUUGAGGAGAUCAGCAGACUUGGAUCCAUUGCAGCAUUUACUCAAGAAAAGCAUUUACAUAUUGGAAGCCGAAGGCACCCAGUCAGUUGUCGAGACAUCAAGGCCUAGGCUACACCUGGAUCGUGUGACUGUAUGGCUUGGAAUGAAAGCAUUGGUUGGGUUUUUAGAGCCUCCAGCUUUUGAAGAAGGGAUUUUAGAUCGGUAUCCCAUUUUCCUUAGUAUUGUGCUGAACCAUAUCAGCGAUGAUUCACUUGAGUUCUCUCAUGCAGUUAACUGUUUGAGACUACUAUUUGAGAAGCUUGGAUGUAAACUAUGGUUGAGGGCUACAUUAUCUCCAAGUGUUAUGAGAAACACACUGCUUGGUCAGUGUUUCCACACUCGAAACGAGAAAAGCCAUAAAGAAAUUUUUGAUCUUUUCCAGCCUUUUCUGCAGUCUCUUGAAGCUCUGCAAGAUGGAGAACAUGAAAAACAAAGAAGGCAUUUUCUAUACUUUCUCCUUCAUCAAGUGCCUGUGAGCAGUAAUUUUAGCAUACUGAUGAGGAAAAAGGCUUGUCAGGUUGCUCUCCUCAUUAUUCUGCGAGGUUAUAGGAUGGAUCCACCUUGCCCACCUUCUGAAUGUGCACACAUGUGGGGUCCUUCUCUUGUGUCUUCUCUGAAGGAUUCAUCCCUGCAUAGUUCUCUCCGGCAACCUGCAAUUGAUCUUAUUCAAACUAUUAUAGUGUCUGACGCUUCUGCAUUGAUUUCUAUAACUUUGAACGGUCAGUUGCAUCCAAGUGAUAAACCCAUCAGGCCAACUAAUUAUGGUGAUGGGGAGGAAGAAGAAGAGAUUCUGUCUACUCUCAAUAUUAAAGAGGAAGAUAUUACUUGUUGGAAAGAGUUCACUCUGCAGCAUAAAAUUAUCUCUCAAGUAGAUGGGAGCUGGAUGUGUGUACCUAUGUUAUGGUUUGAUGUUUUGGUGGAAAUGGACCCUUUGGUUCUUCCCUUAUCAUUUUCGAAGGCUGUUUUUUGGGCAUUAUCUCGGUUUUCACUGAUAGAACCUCAGAAUAGCACAGAAAUGACUCUUUCUGCUAGGAAUUGGUUGGCAACCUGUGCUUCAGAAAUUUCUUAUCUCUUUGGGUGGAAGGUUCCCUCUGGUUCUGAUGAUGGUGGGGAUGGAACAGAGUCACGAAACUCUAUUAGGACUUCAACUAUGUGCCUGCCUUUAGUUAGGACAUUCAAGAGGUUCAAUUCUCAUUACACUAUUAGAAUGGAGCAAUCAGAGCUACGGAAGCAGUGGAUUUGGGAACCUAUGAUGAGCAAUAGUUUGAUUCUUUUGCUUGUCGAUCCUAAUGAUAAUACCAGACAAGUGGGUAGGCUUAUUCUUGAACAAGUUUCAAACGUGCGUGGCCUUACUUGCGGUCUGCAAUUUCUUUGCUCAGCGCCAUCUUCCUUGGCAGCAGUUCUUCUGGGGUUGAGACAUGCUCUGAAGUUGGUUCAGUUGGAUUCUGUUCUAUUGAACUUUCAGACUUUACAUCAUCUCUUCUUCAUCCUGUGCAAAUUGCUCAAAGAAGGGAAUGCAUCUGCUCAGAACACACCCCAAAAUCCGUCAGAUGUUGCUGAUGUAUUAAAAGUUUCUUUGCAAGGUGGUUUUCUUAAGCAACCUGUAUUUGAUUCUUCACCCAAUGAUGGCGAUCGACAUUCAUCAAUUGUUAGCCCCACAUUGUGGAAGCAGUUUAGCUGCUUACUAUCACAGGUUGCAUGGCCUUCAAUUCUGAAAUGCUUAGAUGGAUGCAAAACAUUCACAGAUUACACAGUAUCUCAGAUGACAUGUAUCCGUUUGCUUGAACUCAUGCCUAUUGUUUUUGAAAGGCUUCCCCAGAAUACUGGCAUAGUGUUAGUACCUUUUGAUAACCUAAAGUGGCUUCAUGAUUUGGCUGAUUGGGGGAAGUCAUCGCUUGCUGUUGUGGUUAGAUAUUGGAAACAAACAUUUUCUUAUUUGCUUGGUCAAAUUAAAGCAUCCUGCAGUGGUAAAUCUGCUUCAACAAUUACUGAUAUCGAGAAACUUAUUUUAUGUGAAAAAGUUUCAGUGGAUGAACUGAGCAAGCAAGUAGCACGACUUUCUGUGUCAUUAACAGAUGAAGGUUCUGCAUUGAAUGCAAUUUAUAUUCAGUCCAAAUGUUCUGCUUCUGGAGAUUUGUUGAAUAUGAAAAACUCUUCGGCAAAAAAUGAAACUUUGCUACUUGAUAAAGCAAAGUUGAAUGUUAUAGAGUCUGAAACAUCGAUCGAUUUGGGUAGAGGCCAUGUCAUAGUUCUUUCUGAUGACGAGAAAGAACCAGAGGUUUCUGCCCAUACGGGCCUCUCUAGUAGCUUGUCAAGUGAAAGUGAGUAUGUUGAUAAUCAUACUAGUACAAGUGCUGCUCGAGGAGAGAUAAAAGCUGACUUGAAGGAAAAAUAUUUUAGCCCCAGUGAUACUCUGGAGGUCGCGCCUGAAGAUUGCCCUCAGCUUGGGUAUUCUACCGAUCAUGUUAUUGAAAAAAUGAGCUCAGAUAAUAGUGGAUCUCAAUCCCAUGUUCAAGCAGAACCACCAAAAAGUAAGAGAAUGGUAACUGAAACAAAAUAUGGUGUAACCAAUUCUUUCCUUUCAAAAGAGAAUUCGAAUUUGACAAAUAAAUCUUGUCAAGCUGUCAGUUCCAAACAAUUCGAUUCGUUUGCAUCUAAAAGUAGCAAGUCAUUUUCCGAUAAAACUACCACUUCUGCAAUCAAUGAUCAACAGAUUGUGAAUAAACCUUUAAAAAUUAGCGAUGGAGUGGUAAAAGAGAUAGUAUCUGAUAUUGAUGAUGAUGCUUGGAAUUUUUCAUCUUUCAAACCACCAAAACGGCAGCAGCUGCUAAUUACAAAGCCAAUCACUUCUGGCCCUAAGCGGCAAGUCAUCCAGCUCUCCCUACCCCAGGGGAACAGACAUGGAUCUAUGAGGUUGGGUGGUGGAGUGAAAAGAUUUCAGUCCCCUAGGCUGGAUGACUGGUACAGACCUAUUCUAGAGUUGGAUUUCUUUGUGGCUGUUGGAUUAGCUUCUGGAACUGAUAAAGACUUUCAAAGUGUUGGGAAAUUAAAGGAAGUCCCUGUUUGUUUCCAAUCACCUGAUGAUUAUGUUGACAUAUUCCGGCCCUUGGUACUGGAAGAAUUCAAAGCGCAGCUGCAGAGUUCCUAUCAGGAGAUGGCGUCUGCUGAAGAAAUGUGUUCUGGGAGUUUAUCUGUGUUGUCAGUUGAGAGAAUUGAUGAUUUCCAUGUUGUUCGUUUUGUCCAUGAUGAAAAUGAGUCGAAUGGAUCAAAAAGCCUAUCGGAAAAUGAUCUCAUAUUACUUACCAGACAACCUAUGCGGGACUCUCUCAGUGAUGUUCACACGGUUGGAAAGGUUGAGAGACGUGAGAAAGACUCUAAAAGAAGGUUGAAUAUCUUAGCCAUCAGACUGUAUCUUCAAGGAUGUUCUCGUCUUAGUCAAGCUAGAAAGCAUCUCACUGAGCGAAGCAAAUGGUAUGUUAGUCGUAUAAUGAGCAUUACCCCUCAACUUCGAGAAUUCCAGGCACUGUCAUCAAUAAGGGAAAUCCCUGUGCUGCCAAUCAUCUUGAACCCUGUCAAUCAUCCUUGUGGUCAAUACAAAUCGAAAACUGAAAAUCUUAGUAAACUAUCUCAACCUCUACAGCAGAUUUUGAAGUCAUCAUAUAAUGACAGUCAGCUGCAGGCUAUUAGUCUUGCUAUUGGUUCGGUUGAUUUGAAGAAGGAUUUUGACUUGACUCUUAUACAGGGACCUCCAGGAACUGGAAAGACCCGAACAAUUGUGGCUAUUGUUAGUGGUCUGCUUGCUUUAUCUCAAAUGAAAGAUCCAAAAAGAUUAAGAAAUGUUGGAUCAGGGUGCAGCAGUAGCUCUAGAACUAACCAAAGGAUCAGUCAGUCUGCUGCAAUUUCAAGAGCCUGGCAGGAUGCAGCAUUGGCUAGACAACUGAACGAGGAUGUCAAAAGUAACAACAAAUCUGCAGGAAGCUGCAGUGGAGGGCGGAUUCUCAUCUGUGCUCAAUCCAAUGCCGCAGUUGAUGAGUUAGUUGUAAGAAUAUCAAGUGAGGGUCUUUACGGCAGUGAUGGACAGAGUUACAAGCCAUAUCUUGUGAGAGUUGGUAAUGCAAAGACAGUACAUCCUAAUUCUCUACCGUUCUUCAUUGAUACACUUGUUGAAAUUCGUCUAGAGGAGGAAAAAAAGAAUGCACGUGAUGAAAAAAAGAAUGGCACCUGUACAGACUCUUUAACCACUCUACGUACUAAUCUAGAGAAGUUAGUGGACCGCAUAAGAUACUAUGAAGCUGAGCGAGCUAACCUGCAGGGUGGAAAUUGUGACUCCAGAAAUGUAGUGGAAGGAGAUGCAGGAGAUGCUAAGAUACUGUCUGAUGCUGAACUAAAAGAAAUGCUAAGGAAAUUAUAUGAAAUGAAGAAAUCGACAUAUACAGAUCUUGCCAAUGCUCAAGCAAGAGAGAGGAAAGCUAGUGACGAAAUCAGAGCCCUAAGACAUAAAUUCCGAAUGGCUAUCUUGAAGGAGGCUGAAAUUGUUGUCACUACGUUAAGUGGCUGUGGAGGAGAUCUAUAUGGGGUGUGCUCGGAAUCUACAGCAGGCCAUAAAUUCAUUAAUGCAUCUGAGAAUACUCUGUUUGAUGCUGUUGUGAUUGAUGAAGCGGCUCAAGCCCUGGAACCUGCCACUUUGAUUCCACUUCAGCUCCUAAAAUCGAAGGGAACCAAAUGUAUCAUGGUUGGUGAUCCGAAGCAGCUCCCUGCCACAGUUCUCUCUAAUGUUGCUAGCAAAUACUUGUUUCAAUGCAGCAUGUUUGAAAGAUUGCAGAGAGCAGGUCAUCCUGUAAUCAUGCUCACCCAGCAGUAUAGGAUGCACCCAGAUAUAUGUCGUUUUCCGUCUUUGCAUUUCUACGAGGGCAAGUUGCUGAAUGGAUAUCAGAUGUCAGACAAAGCUGCUUCCUUCCAUGAGACUUUGUGCCUUGGGCCAUAUGUAUUUUUUGAUAUUAUUGAUGGGCAGGAGCUUCGUGGCAAGACUGCAGCCUCAAUGUCCCUGUACAAUGAGUCCGAGGCUGAUGCUGCAGUUGAACUGUUACGAUAUUUUAAGAAAAGUUAUCCAUCAGAAUUUUUUGGCGGGAGAAUUGGCAUCAUCACUCCUUAUAAGCGACAGCUGUCACUGUUGCGUUCGCGGUUCUCUAGUGCAUUUGGAUCUUCUAUCGCUGCGGAAAUGGAAUUUAAUACAAUUGAUGGGUUUCAAGGUCGAGAAGUUGAUAUCUUGCUACUUUCAACCGUUAGAGCAUCAGGAUCCUGUGCUGAUACACCCAGGGCUAGUUCUAACAAUCUUGGUUUUGUUGCGGAUGUGAGACGGAUGAAUGUUGCUUUGACUAGGGCCAAGCUCUCUCUGUGGAUUUUUGGUAAUGCAAGAACAUUACAGACCAACCAGAGCUGGGAGGCUCUUGUAGUAGAUGCAAAAGAAAGGAAUUUGAUUGUAUCAGGAAGAAAGCCAUACAGUUCAAUAUAUAAGGUCGGUUUGGAAAACAGACCAAGUUCAAGAAGUUCCUCUAGUAUUCAGUAUGAAGAAGUUGAUAGGGUCAAAGCUGCAAGUGGAUAUGUGAAUACACAGAAGAAGACUGUGAAGCAUAGUUCUCAAAGGAAGAGAAAAUGCACUGGUACUAUACUAGAAAGUGUCUGCAGUGGUGAAGGUGCUUCUCCUUCAGCUAAGAGUGCUGCGAAAGAUGUCACUAAAAGAGCCAGAGAAGGAACAGAAUUUUCAGCUCUGCAAGAGGUUGCAUCUGGUGUAAGUUCAAAUAGCGAUAACAAAGUUUUCAAGGGUACAAUGUCAAAAUUUGAAGAAAAUCAAGAGAAAAAUAAUAAAAGUUGGGCCCACAAGAAUAAUGACAAGGAAAUUAAUGUGGUGGAAGCUGAUGUUCGGAAGGGAAAGGAUAAAGACAAUGUAAGGAGACAUGCACCUAAUACUGGAAAGUCGAAGAGUAGAAUUCAGGAACACCCAAGUCCUGUAGCUGAUAAAAUGCGUUCAAAAACUAAUAAGCACGGCAAGCUACAGGAGGUGAAAAUGGGCGCGUCGUCUUCUGAGUGUAGCUUCAAGGUAGACGCUGAAAAAGAAGCAUCCAAUCAAGUUAAAAUGCUUAAAGAUUCAAAUAUGGAAAGGAAACAGCAACGUGAAGCCGUUGAUGCUCUUCUUUCUUCAGCUCUUAUAUCUUCAAAGAAGUCAGCAUCUUUGCCGAAAUCAUCUGUGAAGAGGACUCUUCCAACAACAAAUACCAGUGUUCAUCCCGUCAGACCUCAGAAACGAAAAAAUGGCUAAGUAAUCCUUUUCCUAGGGGAUGCUUGUGAAACUCUGUUGGUUAAUUACAUCUUUGAAGAGUUGAAUCCCUGGAAAAAUGGGCAUUCCUUUUGGUUGAUAUGCAGUGAAUUUGCUAGUAAUUUGAUCUCACCUUCUGGAUGUUAGCAAGUGAGCUCCUGUUUUAGCUUGAAUUCAAGUUCUGAGGACUACAAUCUCGGCCUCUCCUUGGCAUGUUUUUAUUCAUGCUGGAGCUCACAGCUUGAGUUUCACUGUUGUAUGGAAAGACGUCUUUUGCGGAAACAGGUAUUUUCUUACAACAUACCUUAAGAGUAUUAUGCCACUGCAAAGUAUUGUUUGAGUACCGGGAUUGAAAAUCUGAAAGAUUGGAUAGGAAAUUCACAUCCAAUAAAUCUCUAAAAAGAUCCUCUGCAUGGAUGUGGUUUUACUUUUAUUGUCGUAGUUGAUUUUAACUCUGCAAUCUGCAUCCUCGCAGUUCAGAGUGUAUGAUGAGAUUGAUAAGAUGAAGUAUUCUUCAAUGUCCAAGAAGUUUUUAAAGAAACAUUAAAUCAUUGAAGAAGCUGUUUGUUACCUGAUGAAAGGUAACCCCAACUGUAUCAGAUGAUAUAUUACUGUGUAAUAGGUCUUGGUUUCAUACAUAUGAAGUGGGUUUUAAUGGUACCAACCACGGACUUAUCACCUUGUACAUGUAUAUAAUGUUACUUGUAAUUUGCGUGGUAGGUAGUGGUCUCGUUGAUUCUAGAAACAAUUUUGGUGCUAACAUUGAUGAUACAAAUAACAAGCAUGUAUUGAGUUAUUUUGUAUUGGAUUUGAUCCUUAGGUAA